CAUCCAUCUCACUCGCCUCUCUUUGUCCGUCCACGUAGCCUGGAUACUUGGUUUCAUCUGCUCGUCCCCUCGUGUUCCUCCCCACAGGCCAAUUCCCCAAGAGUCUCGGCACGAUCUGAUCUCGCAAACCAACUCCGCAACGGAGUAAAAAGAAUCCGCCUGUGUAACCAACAAUCGGCCCUUCCGCUCUUUCUCGGAAAUUAUUCUCUCGCUAUUCCCUGACCCUAGGAUUGCUUCCUGUGCGAUACCGGCUCUUUUCCCCGCAAGAAUCUCCUUGAUAUUAGCCGAAUAUGCCUCUGUGGCGGACGAAAUCCAACCAUAGCCAGACCCCCAGCGAGUCCGACCCCAAGAACGACCCGGUUGCGUCGGCUUCCCAGGCCGCGGGGACAGCAUGGCUGGCCGGUCACCCCAACCAUCUGACUGAGGAGCAAGAGAAGGGCCUGCAGGACUUCAAGAAACUGUGCCAAGACAAUGGAUACUACCAGGCCGACGCGGGGGAGGGAAAACCUAGCCAUGAGGAUGCGACGCUGCUGCGGUUCCUCCGCGCGCGCAAGUUCGAUCUAGACGGCGCCUGGAACCAGUUCAAGGACACCGAGGACUGGCGCAAGGAGAAUGCGAUCGAGUCGCUGUAUGAGAACAUCGAUGUGGAUUCGUACGAGGCAGCGAGGCGGAUGUACCCCCAGUGGACGGGUCGUCGCGAUAAGCGUGGCAUCCCCAUCUAUGUGUUCGAGAUCAAGCACUUGGAUAACAAGAACAUGGCCGAGUACAUGUCCACCAUGAACUCCUCCACCGCGACGGCGGAAACCCACCAAUCCUCCAAGGUGCCGCAGCGCUUGCUGCGCCUGUUCGCUCUCUACGAGAACCUGCUGAACUUCGUCAUGCCCAUGUGCACCCGCUUGUCGCGACCAAACCCCGAAGCUCCCAUUGUGACUUCGACCAACAUCGUUGACGUGAGCGGCGUCGGUUUGAAGCAGUUCUGGAACUUGAAGGGACACAUGCAGGAUGCUAGUGUACUUGCGACGGCGCAUUACCCUGAGACCCUGGAUCGAAUCUUUAUCAUUGGCGCACCGGCUUUCUUCCCUACCGUCUGGGGCUGGAUCAAGCGCUGGUUCGACCCGGGCACCACCUCUAAGAUCUUCAUCCUCUCCGCUGCCGAGGUCAAGCCUACUCUCACCUCAUUCAUGGACCCGGCCAGCAUCCCCAAGCAAUACGGCGGCGACCUCGACUGGAAAUGGAAUGACAUGCCCAACCUGGACGAGCCUGCCCGCGAGCUCCUCAGCCCUCUGGAAACGCCCCCUGCCGAGGGAGAAACCAAGCCCUCGCUCCUAAAGGGACCGGUCCUAUUCAAGGGCGACCACAUCGAAGUCCUUGGCAAAGCCAACGGAGAAAGCCGCAAGUCGGACAUCCCCGUGCCCAGUCCAUCCGGCUCCGCCCCGCCCGCGGCCCCGGCUCAGGACGAAAAGACCGACCAGGAAAAGCCGCAAUCGAAUGAUUCCCCCGCGGAGAAACCCGCAGAGACCACGGACGGCACCACGACGGAGAACGAAAAAGUGAGUGUGGACGACAUCGGUGCGGAAAAGCUUGCUAAUGGGGGUGUUACGGCUCCGACGCAGACGGUUUCUGCUUAGGGUAUCUUUUUUUCUUUUUCCAUUCUCUUUCUCUCGACCUUUUAUUUUCCUCAUAUAUAUGUCCUCUCCUCUCUCUUCUUUUCUUCAUUCGAUGAAACCGGUAUGGAUAUCCAUCUUGGCUUUGGCUUUACUGGAAACACCAUUCCAUCCCCAUCCAUCUUAACUACUUACUUACCUACCCCUUUCCCUCUAAAUACCUGAUCUGCAUGCAUACGCAUAAAAAAGAAGGAAAAGCCACGGCGAGUCCUUUGUUGGUUUAUCUUAUAUAUUCACCCCCUGUUUAUUUCGGUUUUUACGUGUCUCUUUCUCUUUUUUUCCCUCCCGGUUGAACAUUUAGAACUCCCGGUCUGCUUUAUAUAUUUGCUUUUGUCUCUGUGAUUCCAUACCUCCCCUGCAACCUCUGGGGUGAUAUACAUAUACAUACAGGCUUCCUAGAUCAAGAUCUAUUAAUUCAUUAGACGUGGGC